GAGCGGGGCGGACAGGGGGCGGAGCCCGAGGCCGAGCUGGGGCUGGAGGCGACGGGCGGCGGUCGCACUCGGACUUGGGAAUCCUGCUCGCUGCCCGCGUUUCGCCGGUGAGAGUAUAUGUGAGACAAGGAGGAAGUGGAACUCUGUACUAACCUGCACCCGGUCUGAGGCCCCCUGUACUGUACACUUUCCAGCAUCACGUCCGCCCUGCAGACGGUCAUUCAGAGAUGCUGAACCUCCACUGUGCCGACACACUGUGCAGUGUUUCGGCCUGUGUCUGCCGGGGUCUCUCCCACGAGCCCAGGGACAGAACUGCCCCUUGUGUCUGGGAGCCUGGAAAGCUUGUGCAAUGAAUGGUGACACUCAGGCCGCAGUGGUGACCUCACCGCCCCCGACCACAGCCCCUCACAAAGAGAGGUACUUCGACAGGGUGGGUGAGAACAACCCGGAAUACCUGCGAGAGAGGAACAUGGCACCUGACCUUCGCCAGGACUUCAACAUGAUGGAGCAGAAAAAGAGGGUGUCCAUGAUUCUGCAGAGUCCCGCUUUCUGCGAGGAGUUGGAGUCAAUGAUACAGGAACAAUUUCAGAAGGGGAAGAAUCCCACUGGCCUGCUGGCCUUGCAGCAGAUUGCCGAUUUUAUGACCACAACUGUUCCCAACGUCUACCCGGCGGCCCCGCAAGGAGGGCUGGCCGCCUUGAACAUGAGUCUUGGCAUGGUGACUCCUGUGAAUGACCUGAGAGGAUCCGAUUCGAUUGCCUAUGACAAAGGGGAGAAGUUGCUGCGCUGUAAACUGGCGGCACUUUAUAGACUAGCAGAUCUGUUUGGGUGGUCUCAGCUCAUCUACAACCACAUCACAACCAGAGUGAGUUCGGAGCAAGAACAUUUCCUCAUUGUACCUUUUGGGCUGCUCUUCAGUGAAGUGACUGCGUCCAGCUUGGUGAAAAUAAACCUACAAGGAGAUAUCGUAGACCGUGGGAGCACUAAUCUAGGAGUAAAUCAAGCUGGCUUCACAUUACACUCUGCGAUUUAUGCUGCGCGCCCGGACGUGAGGUGUGUGGUCCACAUUCACACACCGGCAGGGGCCGCGGUCUCGGCGAUGAAAUGCGGCCUUCUGCCCAUCUCCCCAGAGGCCCUGGCCCUCGGAGAAGUGGGUUAUCAUGACUACCACGGGAUUUUGGUGGAUGAAGAGGAAAAGGUUUUAAUUCAGAAAAACUUGGGGCCUAAGAGCAAGGUUCUCAUUCUCCGGAACCACGGGCUGGUGUCGGUCGGAGAGAGCGUGGAGGAGGCCUUCUUCUACAUCCACAACCUCGUGGUCGCGUGCGAGAUCCAGGUUCGAACUCUGGCCAGUGCAGGAGGGCCAGACAACCUCGUGUUGCUGGAUCCUGGGAAGUACAAAGCCAAGUCCCGCUCCCCGGAGUCCCCAGCAGGGGAAAGCACCGGGGCCCCUCCUCAGUGGCUGGUCGGUGAGCAGGAGUUUGAAGCCCUCAUGCGGAUGCUUGAUAACCUGGGUUACAGAACUGGCUACCCUUACCGAUACCCGGCCCUGAGAGAGAAGUCCAAGAGACACGGCGACGUGGAGGCUCCUGCCACCGUCACAGGUCACCCCUUUGCUAGUGACGGGGAUUCGGGCACUUGCUCUCCUCUCAGACACAGUUUUCAGAAGCAGCAACGAGAGAAGACCAGGUGGCUGAACUCUGGCCGGGGGGACGAUGCCUCUGAGGAAGGGCAGAAUGGAAGCAGCCCCAAGUCGAAGACUAAGGUGUGGACGAACAUUACACACGAUCACGUGAAACCUUUGCUGCAGUCUCUCUCGUCCGGUGUCUGCGUGCCAAGCUGUAUUACCAACUGCUUGUGGACUAAAGAGGAUGGACAUAGAACUUCCACCUCUGCCGUCCCUAACCUGUUUGUUCCGUUGAACACAAACCCGAAAGAGGUCCAGGAGAUGAGGAACAAGAUCCGAGAGCAGAACCUACAGGACAUUAAGACGGCCGGCCCCCAGUCCCAGGUUUUGUCUGGUGUAAUGAUGGACAGGAGCCUCAUCCAGGACGCACCCCUGUCCGACUGCACGGAGACAAUCGAAGGGCUCGAGCUCACAGAGCAGACCUUUAGUCCAGCUAAAUGUCUCUCUUUUAGAAAGGGGGAGCUGGUGACGGCCUCCAAGGCCAUCAUUGAAAAGGAGUACCAGCCCCACGUCAUCGUGAGCACCACGGGCCCCAACCCCUUCACCACGCUCACCGACCAGGAGCUGGAGGAGUACCGCAGGGAGGUGGAGCGCAAGCACAAGGGCCCCUCAGAGAGUGUGGACGAGACCACAGAGCAGAGAGGUGGCAGUCCUCCAGAGUGCCCUGCCGCCUCCAGCACCCCUGUCAAGCUGGACGAAGACCUGCCUCGGGACCCUGCUGUAGGAGACGACGGCGAUGUCGCCACCUCUAAGCCGACUCUCCCUGACCUGUCCCCCGAUGAGCCUUCAGAAGUGCUUGGCUUCCCCACACUGGACGAGGAGGAGGAAGAGGGGCUUGGCGAAGCCCAAGGCCCUCGCAGCCCCGCCAGGUCCUCCACCGUGGCCAGCCCCGAGCCAGCCCCAGCCCCAGCCCCAGCCCCGGGGGCUGAGGAGGCCUCCUCCCCCACCACUGAGGAGGGUGCUGCCGCAGACCCAGGCAGUGAUGGGUCUCCAGGCAAGUCCCCCUCCAAAAAGAAGAAGAAGUUCCGCACCCCCUCCUUCCUGAAGAAGAGCAAGAAGAGGAGCGACUGCUGAAGGCCCGUCCUGUCCAAACCCGCUGUGUCUUGUAUUGUCUUCCUGGGUAAUGGAAUGCUGAACCCAUCCCCUGUGUAGCUAGAGACCACCCCCCCCCCCAGUCCCUCGCAGACCGGUGCUAACCUCCUGUGCUCCAAGAGGCCUCCCCUGGGCCGGGGCUAGAGCCUCGGGUCUAGGGAGGCUUGGUCCCUGUGUCCACCUCUGCGCCCGUCUGUCUGCUCCUCAAGUCGUGCCCCUGCAGCUCGGCCUUGACCUCUUGCUCUCCUUCUGUUGUGAAGUGAGCACGCUCCGUCCCUGCUAGGCUCCCCUUCACUCCAAGGUCUCAGGUGACUGGCUCAGACUUUCCUGCUGGUGUUACCUGCUUGGUGACCUCACUUUGCUCACGUACACACAGCCUUGGUGAGAACUCCCCUGUGCUUGCCAGUGGCCCAGGGCAGUGGCGGUCUCAGAGAGGCCGGCGGGCUCAGCUGGACACCCAGCAGCAGACGGGCCUGUGUGCGCCCAGCGCAGCCUGUGCGCGGCCUGACCGCCCCCCCGGCCAGAAUCAGAUUCAGGGCCCUGUCUUACUGGGGUCUCUUGAUUCCUGUCGCAGGGAGGGUAUAUCAGUCGGGGAAGAGUCCUUUCUAAAAUUUUCUUUCAGCAUGUGCAGUUCAUCUCACAUUGCUAGCUGUGAACACAAAUGGUGACUUUCUGUGUUACUUUCUCUUUACCUGUCAGGGAGGUUUGGGGACAGAGGGGGUCUGCUCUUAACCUUGUCCUGAGACAGACCUGGUUUUGACCAAGGGCAGCUCAAGGCAGAGGUUGGCCCUGGUGGCCCUGCAGCCACUGAGCCCCCAUCACUCAUGGAGCCCUAACUGGCUCUUCUUCCGUGAACUUUCACUUCAACUCCAACCCCUGGAAAAGGGCGUAAAGCUCCUUCCUGGGAGCCAGCAGGGGUCUGCCUGGACUCCUUGAGGGGGCCCCUCCCGGGAGCUGCCUGGUGCCAGCCUGCCUGCCCCCUCUUGUCCCAGAGCCCUUGGGGAAGCACCAGAUGUGGGCUCAGUGCCACAGAUUCGACACCCCAGCAGGACCGAAGCCGGCCGCACAGCACUGCCCGCUGCUCUGAGCUUCCUGGCCAGCACCCGCUUCCCCACGUACCGACUGUCGCCCAGGUGCGGCCCCGCUCCCUGCACCGCCCUGUCCUUGAGUCGGCCACAGGCUCUUCCUCGGGCCCUCCCUUCAUCCCACACGUGCCCGGCGUCCAUUUCCCUUUGUAGUUUAUUUUGACUUUGUAUCACAACAUGGGGUUUAGUCGCACACAGACACAGGCCGUGUCCUUUCUUCGUUGGGCCGCAUCUCACUCACAAAUAAAGUUCUUUAACCUGUA